AUGAUUACAAGUAAAUUCGUAAAGUUAUCAUUUUUGUAUCUUGGUAUUUUAAUCAGUCUUAUAACGUUAACAAAAUGUGAUCAGUAUUGUUUAACAUCAAUAAAAUUUUAUGAUGAUGAUGCAAUUAACUCAAAUAUUACAACUUGCACUCAAGAAAGUUUAGAUGAAAGUAGAAAUACUAUUAUAAAUAAAACUAAAAAAUCAUUUGGUUAUCAAGCUAAUAUUUGUGAUAGAACUUAUGUCCUUGAUUUAGGUAGUGAAUUUACUUCACCUGAUGAUUUUGAUAAUUUAAAAGUUUUUAUCUAUCAAUCAUUAAUUGAAUGUUUAGAUAGGAACAUAGGACAUUCUAUAUUUGUUAGUGUUUUUAAUAAUAGUGAAUCAAGUAAAAAAUGUUGUGGUAAAGCUGGUUGUUUACAUGCUAUUAAUGAAUUACCUUAUGAUAAUGCUGUUAAACCAUUUUUUAAUAAAAAUCUUAUUUGGAAUGAGACAAAUUUUUCUAUCAAUUAUAGUAGAGAAUUUUUAAAUCAACUUAAAAAAUUUGAACAACAAUAUUGUUCAAAAAAUUCAGUUGUAUUUAUAACUAAUAGAAUUGUUAAACUUGAACCUGAUAAUAUUAUAUUUUCUAAUAUUCAACAAGUUUUAAAUUAUUAUUGUUCAUCAUUAACAAUAUUAUUAGUUGGUAGAAAAGAAAGUACUUAUGAAAUAUUAAAAAAUUAUUAUGGUAAUAUUUCUAAAGAUAUUUAUAAUAUUCCUGAUUUAUCAUGUACAGAAAAAGUUGUAGAAUGUAUUGUACCAUGUCAUGAUAUGUUAUAUGAUAAAUGUUCAUCACAAAAUUUUACAUCUUGUAAUAGAUCUGAUCAUCUACCAACAGUUGCAACAAGACCAACAAUAAUUCCAGAUCCAAAUCCACAAAUACCACAUAUUAUUUAUGUUUAUGGUAUUUCAACAAAUAUGAGUCAUAAAAAAUUUAAUAAAAUGCAAGAAACAAUCAAUUCUUCUAUAUAUGAAUGUUUUAAUAUUGAUUCAACAAAAAUAAGUGUUAUGUUUAUUAAUUAUGAUAUUGAUGUUACAACAGAUUGGUUAGAUACUCCUGAUAAUAUAUUAAAUUCAUUGAAUCUUGAAACAUUUAAUGAUGUAUCAUUAACUAUCAAUUAUCCAUAUGAUGAAACAUCAUCACAAAUAACUAAAAUGAUAAAAUUUGCUAUAACAACAAUAAAUAAUAGUGAAAUUAAAAAUUCAGAUAAGAAAAUAAUACUUUUAACAGAUUUUGUAUCAUUAAAUUUUACAAAUUCAAUUAAUAGUAUUUCAAAAAAUAAUUUAAAAGAUAUUAUUUUUCAGGUUUAUUGUUUUACUGAAAUAUCUUAUUUAUAUUAUAAACAUAAUACAUCAUUUGCCAAUGGUGAUGUUUUUUAUUUACCAUUUAAUAAUUCAGCUAAUACAUUUCAUUUAUGUUCACCUAAACCAUCUACAACAACAACGACAGAAAAAAUUCCAUCUGAUGUUGGAAGUAAUAUAGGUAUUAUACUUAUUGCUACACUUGGUACAUGUGCUAUAUUAUUUCUUAUACUUUGUGGUGGAACUGUUUUAUAUAGAAAUCGUGUUAAAAAUAUUAAACUUCUUGAACAAAAUAGUGAUUAUAAUUGUGAUUUAACUAUUGAAGGUGCUGAUAUUUAUGAAAUUAAAUGGAAUAAUUUAUUUUAUUCAUCUGAAAAAAUAGGUAAUGGUGCAUAUGGUCAAGUAUAUAAAGGUACAUAUAUGGGUAUACCAUUAUCAGUAUCAAAAAUAUGGAAAAGUCAACCACCAUCAUUAUUAUAUAAAAAUUCUAUGCCUAUAGCAAUAAAAAUAUUACCAAAAACAGCUGAUGAAAAAGCUAGAGAAAAUUUUUUACAUGAAAUUGAAGUUAUGAAAAAAAUUGGUUAUCAUGAUAAUAUUGUUGGUAUGGUUGGUUGUAUAACAAAAUCACAACCAAAUGCAUUAAUAAUGGAAUAUUGUGAAAAUAAAGAUUUAUAUAGAUUUAUUAAAAAUAUGAAAGCUGAUUUAUCUAUUAAUAAUAAUUCAAUGGAAAAAAGAUUAACAUGUCAAUUAUAUUUAUUAACAUUUUGUAUGCAAAUAACAUCAGGAAUGAAAUAUCUUGUCUCAAAAGGUAUUAUUCAUCGUGAUUUAGCAGCAAGAAAUAUAUUAAUAGAUGGUAAAAAUAUUAUUAAAAUUGGUGAUUUUGGUUUAUGUAUUGAAGUUAAUAAUAAUGAUACUAUUAAAAGUUUAGAUGGUAUUACAAUACAAAGAAAAAAUGGUAUUAUAGCAGCUCAAAGUUAUAAAACACAAAAACUUCCAGUUAAAUGGUUAUCACCAGAAAGUUUAAGAUCAACUAUAUUUACAUUUAGUAGUGAUAUAUGGAGUUUUGGUAUGGUUAUGUAUGAAAUGUAUUCAUUUGGUGGUGUACCAUUUCAUGAAAUUGAACCAUGUGAUUUAUUAAAUCAUAUUAUUAAAGGUAAUAGACCACAAAGACCUGAAUUUUCAAGUUCUGAAAUAUAUAAUAUUAUGGAAAGGUGUUGGGAAGAAAAUCCAGAAAAUAGACCAACUUUUGAUGAAUUAAAUAGUGAAUUUAUGGUGUUACUUGAAAAUACAUCUGAUACAGGUGUAUAUGUUGAAUUAUUAACAGGUUCAAUAUAUUAUAAAAAUGUUGCACCAAUAAUUGAUAAUGAAAUUGAAGAAGACCAAGAUAAUAAUAUUUUAAAAUUAAAUAAAAAACCAUUAAAACAAUCAUUAAGUGCAAAUGCUAAAAUUGAUACUUUUUCAAAAAGUAAUAAUGUUUUACGUUCUAAAACAAUGUUAUUACCAAACUUUGUUAAAAGACUUAGUCGUGAUUUUACUGUUAAUCAUAAUCAAUUACAUAAUAUUUCUAAAAAAGAUUCAUUCUUUUAUGAUGAUAAUCCAAGACGUAAAAGUGAAUCAAUUAUUUCUGGAACUCCAACAUCACCUUCUUUUAUGGAUAGUAUUAAUGAAUUUAAAAAAACUCUAACAAAUUCAACAUCAAAAAUUUUUUCAAAACGGGAUUAA